CGCCCCGGCCCGGGCCGCCCGGACCCGGAGCCGGGGCGCCGGUGCCGCAGCCCUAGGCCGGCGGCGGGCGGGGCGAGCCCGGCGUCUCCAUCCCCGGCCGGGGCGCGUCAAGGUGAUCAGGCCGGCCGCGUGAUGGCGGAGAAGGCGCUGGAGGCUGCGGGCUGCGGCCUGGGGCCGGGGGCCGUGGCCAUGGCGGUGGCGCUGGAGGACGGGGCGGAGCCCCCCGUGCUGACCACGCACCUGAAGAAGGUGGAGAACCACAUCACCGAAGCCCAGCGCUUCUCCCACCUGCCCAAGCGCUCCUCGGUGGACAUCGAGUUCGUGGAGCUGUCCUACUCCGUGCGGGAGGGGCCCUGCUGGAGAAAACGGGGUUAUAAGACCCUCCUCAAGUGCCUAUCUGGUAAAUUCUGCCGCCGGGAACUGAUCGGGAUCAUGGGCCCCUCGGGGGCUGGGAAGUCCACGUUCAUGAACAUCUUGGCAGGGUACAGGGAGACAGGAAUGAAGGGGCAGAUCCUGGUCAACGGGAGGCCACGAGAGCUGAGGACCUUCCGCAAGAUGUCUUGCUACAUCAUGCAGGACGACAUGCUACUGCCACACCUCACGGUGAUGGAAGCCAUGAUGGUCUCCGCCAACCUGAAGCUGAGUGAGAAACAAGAGGUGAAGAAGGAGCUGGUGACUGAGAUCCUGACGGCACUGGGCCUGAUGUCAUGCUCACACACGCGGACAGCUCUGCUCUCCGGCGGGCAGAGGAAGCGCCUGGCGAUCGCCCUGGAGUUGGUCAACAAUCCACCUGUCAUGUUCUUUGAUGAACCCACCAGCGGUCUGGACAGUGCUUCUUGUUUCCAAGUGGUAUCCCUCAUGAAGUCCCUGGCCCAGGGCGGCCGUACCAUCAUCUGUACCAUCCACCAGCCCAGCGCCAAGCUCUUCGAGAUGUUUGACAAGCUCUACAUCCUGAGCCAGGGUCAGUGCAUCUUCAAGGGCGUGGUCACCAACCUGAUCCCCUAUCUGAAGGGGCUGGGCUUGCACUGCCCCACCUACCACAACCCAGCUGACUUCAUCAUCGAGGUGGCAUCGGGAGAGUAUGGAGACUUGAACCCCAUGCUGUUCAGGGCAGUACAGAAUGGACUUUGUGCCAUGGCCGAGAAGAAGAGUAGUUUGGAGAAGAAUGAGGUCCCUGCCCACUGUCCCUCUUGCCCACCGGACGUGGAUCCCAUUGAGAGCCACACCUUUGCCACCAGCACCCUCACUCAGUUCUGCAUCCUCUUCAGGAGGACCUUCUUGUCCAUCCUCAGGGACACGGUCCUGACCCACUUGCGCUUCAUGUCCCAUGUGGUGAUCGGUGUGCUCAUUGGGCUCCUCUACCUGCACAUUGGCGACGAUGCCAGCAAGGUCUUCAACAACACCGGCUGCCUCUUCUUCUCCAUGCUGUUCCUCAUGUUCGCUGCCCUCAUGCCAACCGUGCUUACCUUCCCCUUAGAGAUGGCCGUCUUCAUGAGGGAGCACCUCAACUACUGGUACAGCCUCAAAGCGUAUUACCUGGCCAAGACCAUGGCCGACGUGCCCUUUCAGGUGAUGUGCCCGUUGGUAUACUGCAGCAUAGUGUACUGGAUGACCGGCCAGCCAGCUGAGACCAGCCGCUUCCUGCUCUUCUCAGCCUUGGCCACCGCCACCGCCUUAGUGGCCCAAUCCUUGGGACUGCUGAUUGGAGCUGCCUCCAACUCCCUACAGGUAGCCACUUUUGUGGGUCCCGUGACUGCCAUCCCUGUCCUUCUGUUCUCUGGCUUCUUUGUCACCUUCAAGACCAUCCCCACGUACCUGCAAUGGAGCUCCUACCUCUCCUAUGUCAGGUAUGGCUUUGAGGGCGCGAUCCUGACCAUCUAUGGCAUGGAGCGAGGAGACCUGACCUGCUUAGAGGAGCGCUGCCCUUUCCGGGAGCCACAGAGCAUCCUGCGAGCACUGGAUGUGGAGGAUGCCAAGCUCUACCUGGACUUCCUGGUCUUGGGCGUCUUCUUCCUGGCCCUCCGGCUGCUGGCGUACCUUGUGCUUCGGUACAGGGUCAAGUCUGAGAGAUAAAGCCUUGGGCAGCAGGAAGCCCCCCACUCCAGCCCUCUGGGGACUGUUUUAACCGUGUGGACUUGGUUGCUGGUGCAGCUGCCCUCCCCUCCUCUGGCUGCUCUGCCGGCUCUGUGCGCCGGGCCUUGGCCCUGGGCCGGUGGGGCCGGUGGGGCUCCCGCCCUCCCCUCCACAGCCAGGAGUCUUCCCGGACUGAUGCGGUUUGUAGCUUCCUCCCUUCUCUCUCCAACAUCUGCAUGCAAAGACGGCGGGGAGGCAGCCACCCCCUUCCCGCCAGCGGGACCCUCCUCGGUCGUCUGCCUGGGAGGCCCAGGUGCUCUGGGCUCCCAAUUACAACUGACCAAAGUGGCCCCCACUGGGGUCCCCACCACAACAGUGUUUGUAGAGCAGGAGGCUGAAAGAUUGGAAUUCCAGGGCUGGGCCUUGGUGGGGUCUGCUGCAGGGGGGGGGGGGCCCUCCUAGACUUCAGGAUGCACCGAGGAGGGACUCCGGAAGUCGCUUCUAACUCCCCCUCCCCACAAGACUGGCUGCUUUGGACAAUCUGCUCGGACAGAAGCUGGGUAUUCUGUCUGGGUCACCUCUCAAGUCCUGGGGGUCGGGGAGGCCAGGGGAUGUCCCAGAUCCCCUUCUGGGUACACACACGGGGUCAGGGUCCAGCUGGUGGCACCUCUGCAAUAAUGCCUGUGUUUCUCUCCCGCCUCCCACUGCAACUGGAGGAUGCACUUUAUUCCGGGGAAGGGGAGCACUCGCGGCCCUCCCUUCUUGCUGCUCCUGUCAUGAGUCCACAGGCGCCUUCCGGGGUCCCAGCGCGCACACGCGAACAGGCAAUCUCAGCCCCAGACCCGCACUGUUCCCCGCAGCCCCGGGCGCGCAGUGGCGGCACCGAGGCGGUGGUGGCGGUGCUCUAGGGGACAGCAGCGCCAGUCU